AUGGCAGCUUGCCCCCUGUCCUGCCUCCUCCUCAUCCUAUCCUUCAUCCUGACGGGGCCCAGCCUGGCCCAGGACCUCACCAGCUCCACCACCACUGACCCGGACACUGUCCAAACCCAGACAGCCAAUCAGACAGCUCCGAUGACACCCACCAUGACGGAGCCCGUCACCACGCUAGUAACCACAGAGUUCAGUGGCGUGUCGACGCCCAGCGGCGACAUCGCGGAUGAUGAGGAUGCCAUCCCUACCAAAGGCACCCGUUGCCAAGGUUACUACGAUGUGAUGGGCCAGUGGGACCCACCUUUCAACUGCAAUAUGGGUGUUUUCCUGUACUGCUGUGGCACCUGCUUCUACCGCUUCUGCUGCCAGUUCAGAGGGCAGCGGCUCGACCAGAGCAUCUGCUCAAACUAUGACACACCCAUCUGGGCCAACACGGGCAAGCCCAUCACCACGGUGACCGAGGGCCAUGGCAACCAGGAGAGAGACCGCACCCAUAUGAUUGUCUACAUCAUCUGUGGAGUGGUGGCCAUCAUGGUGCUGGUGGGCAUCUUCACCAAGCUGGGCCUGGAGAAGAGCAGGGGAUCGGCAGGGGCGCAGAACGACCUCAGCAACUCCAGGACCCUGACAGAGCUUCUGAAGCAGCCCAGAGGAGAGGUUAGCUCAGUGGACAGCACAAUCACCAACCCCCCUAUCGAAACCAACUACAUCUCAGCUAGGAUGCUACGCAGCCGCAGCGAGCACUACCACCUGAACAAUUCAGCCUUAUACCCAGGAAUGCCACACCCUCACAGCAACCUCAGUGGACUGGGCCUCAACAAGUACAACUCCCUCAGGGCUGUGGCGGACACUGCCUCUCGGGGAUACUAUAAGAGCUACCCUUUGAUGGACUUCUCCCAGUACCAGGCAGCCCCUCCAGCCUUCCAGCCCAUCUCCCUGCACCCCAAAGACAAGUCCUACCUUCACCAGGACCACCACCAGCUCCCCACCCACCACAACCUCCACGCCCCCCUCUCCAUCUCCAUCCCCCAGAGCCACCCGGAGAGGUCCCGCCUGUCCAAGACCACCAGCCACCCCCUGUUCUCUAGCUCGGCCUUGAAAGCCUGGGACACCAGUGGACGCCAUGUCCAGAGGCAGACCUCCCAGCCUGGGCACAUCUCAGCCCACCAGCAUGCCUAUUCCACCAGGAGACAGCACAGCGUAGAGAAUUUCCCGGAGAUGUUCAACCACCCUGUGUCAUACGGCCACCCAUCCUCCUACCACCACACCAGGCAUAAGAGCUACUCCACCAACAGCAAGACAGAGGUCACUGUCUGA